AUGAAGACAAUCGCAACCGCCCUCGUUGCCCUCGUGGGCCCCAUCCAAGCAGCAUCUAUUCACCUGCCACCCAAUUCUCAGGCCCAUAGCAACUUGACUCCUCGGGCUGACUGCAGCAAUAUCACCUGUACGCCCUCCACUGGUGCCGCGCACAUCAUAGUCAACCGCGCUUCUACUGAGGCGCCUGGUACGGGCGUGUUGGGCAGCGUUGCCGAAUCCAUUGUGGCGUCCUGCCCCGGCUCGGACAUUGUUGCCAACCCUUAUCCAGCUCUGCUGGACCCAUAUGUGGAGUCUGAGACAGCAGGUGUCGGCAACUUGACAGAGAUCGCGCUGCAGUAUCAAGAUUGUUGUCCGGACAGCAAGAUGGUUCUUCUCGGUUACUCUCAGGGCGCCCAAGUCACAGCAGACUUUCUUUGCGGCCGCAGCUCAGCAGGUUUCCCACCAACGUCCCCAUAUUCUGCGAUCGUGGCCGAGAAUAUCGCGGCUGUCGUCCUCAUGGGAGACCCAUCAUUUGUAAAGGGUCUCGCCUGGGAUCGUGGCAAUGCCUCGAAUGUCAGCUUUUUUCCACGUUUAGACAACGCAGCCUGCCUCCCUGUGGCCGAGAAAAUGAUCUCUUACUGCGAUAGUGGCGAUUACUUCUGCGAUAACGGUACUUCAGCUGACGCGCUUACUAUCCACGAGAGCUACGUUCAGGUAUACGGCGUAGAUGCCGCUGAGUAUGUUGUGGAUAAGGUACAAGAGUGUAGCACGAUAUGA